AGUACAAAAGGAAAAAUUCACUCGAGUUUUUAACAUGACGUGUUCAUCGAUACUUUCUAGACGAAAAACCAAAAACAUAGAACCCACUACACCAAAAUCAAAAACAAAUUUGAAAAUAGCCGCCAUUGAACAAAAACUGCAUUAACGAGUGCAAGUGCUAUAGUGACUUUAGUUCUAAUUCAAUGAUGACAUAUGUUGCGAACCAUAUGAGUUUAUUUACCGAUUAAAUAUAGACAUAUUUCGCAAACGAAGAAACCCUUUUGUAGAAUUAAUGUUUAAUUAGCAUAAAAUACUAGAAAGCAUAAAAUAUAGUUAGCAGCAUAAAAUGACCGAAUUCGAUCUAAAGUACCAAAUUGUUGAUUCGGAGACACCGAUCAAUGUCCCAUUAUCCGGAAGAUUUAAAAAGAGCUUUGGCUACUAUACAAUUAAGGAACGACUGCCGGUGAUAUUGACACAAAUUCUGGAUUAUUUGUCUAAGGAGAAAGACGUGUUGUCCGACGGAAAUGAGCAAAGUAAAAAUGAUAUCAAAAUCGUCCAAUCAAACCUGUCUAAGCUCAAAUAUGAACUUCAAACUGAUAAGGUUAUGGAAAAAUUUGAUGGUGACGGAACCGACCGAUUACAGUGGAACGAAUUCUUAUCUACGUUGAACGACGAUAAUAAUUCGUAUUUCAAGACAACCUGGUUGUAUGCGGAAUGUUAUAUGUACAGGAAACUUAAGUCGUUUUUCGAGGACACAGAAACGUUGAAAGAUUUCGACUACUUUCGACAUCAGAAAACGAACGCCCUAAUCAAUUCAUUUGGUGCAAUGAGUCAAGUUGUUCAACAUGUAAAUGAAUUUCAAAGUAAAGCUUCGAAGUCACCAUCCGAUUUAGAAGAAUCUUUUACGCGCAUAUUAAAGUUAGAUCUUUGGGGAAAUCGAUGUGAUCUGUCCAUAUCGGUGGGAAAGGAGAUCAAACAAAGUGGCAAUCCAUUUCUUCAAAUUGAUGCAUUGAAUCCGUUUAUUCUGGUCGACCGAUCCAAGGACAUUUGGAAUUGCAUUAUCAACGGCCAGAGCGGCCAGACGAUCGAUUUUAUUUUGGAUAAUGCUGGCUAUGAACUGUUCACGGACUUAGUGUUAGCGAGCUUCCUUUUGGACAAUCAACUUGCGUCAACGAUUCGAUUCCACAUCAAAGCGAUUCCGUGGUUUAUAUCCGAUGUUAAUGCCUUCGAUUUUCACUGGACAUUCAAGACAAUGGCUGAACAUGACGAUCUACAUUUAUCGAGCUUCGGAAAAAAAUUGGAUGAAUACCGGAUGGCUGGCAAAAUUGUUUUGAUCGAAAAUGAGUACUUCUGGACAGGACCGCAUGAAUUUUAUCGAAUGAAAGAGACCGAUCGCAAAUUGUACGAUGAUCUGUCCAGUUCGGAUUUGCUGAUUUUCAAAGGUGACCUGAACUAUCGAAAACUGCUGGGCGAUUUUAAUUGGUCAUUUGAUUCGACGUUCGAAACGGUGUUGCGAGGGUUCAGACCAACAAAUUUGUGUGCACUGAGAACUGUAAAGGCGGACAUUGUGUGCGAAGUUGACCUAAAUGUAUCAAACGAGUUGUCGAAAAAGGAUCCUAUGUGGAUGGAAACGGGUCAAUACGGCUGCAUUAAUUUUAUCUCGAAAGCAUGAUGUUGUUUGUAAAUUUCACGUUUGCGGAAAUAAAUCGGUUUUUUUGGAAA